UCCCACGUGCAUGUUUGUGUUACUAAACAUGCACGUCACCGCUUCUCACUGAACUCUUCGCUCUUCUUCAACGAAACACUACAGCUCGUGUCGUGACUUGCACAGUUCCAUACAGUUUACAAAAUGUCUGCGACUCGUACGGUUAUAUGUCUGCUGAGGAACGACCUGCGUCUUCACGACAACGAGGUGUUCUGCUGGGCUCAGAGGAAUGCAGAGCACAUAGUUCCCCUCUACUGCUUUGACCCACGACAUUACCAGGGCACGUAUCACUAUAACUUUCCUAAGACAGGGCCAUUUCGUUUGCGCUUCCUCCUAGACAGUGUCAUAGACCUGAGGGCAACGCUAAAGAAACAGGGCAGCACACUGUUGGUGAGACAUGGAAAGCCAGAGGAUGUUGUUAGUGAUUUGAUUAAGCAGCUGGGAUCAGUCACUGCUCUGGCGUUUCAUGAGGAGGUGGCGUCAGAGGAAAAGAAUGUGGAGAAGAAGUUAAAGGAGGUCUGCUCUCAAAACAAAGUCAAAGUCCAAACUUUCUGGGGGUCUACACUCUACCACAGAGAUGAUCUCCCUUUUAGUCACAUUAAAAGGUUACCUGAUGUUUACACUCAGUUCAGAAAGGAAGUCGAGGGCCAGGGAAGAAUAAGACCAGUGUUUCCUACUCCAGAACAGAUAAAGUCUCUUCCCCCUGGACUAGAAGAAGGUCCUAUCCUGACAUUUGAGGCACUUGGACAGACAGAGCCAGUGGACAACUGCCGAUCGGCCUUCCCAUGUCGUGGUGGAGAGACAGAGGCUCUCGCUAGACUAAAACAUUACUUCUGGGAAACAAAUGCCGUUGCAUCUUAUAAAGAGACUCGGAAUGGCUUGAUCGGAGUGGACUAUUCCACAAAGUUUUCUUCUUGGCUUGCAUUGGGGUGCAUAUCACCGAGGUACAUCUAUGACCAGAUUAAAAAGUAUGAGGCUGAAAGAACAGCCAACCAGAGUACAUACUGGGUAAUAUUUGAGCUUCUGUGGCGGGAUUACUUCAAGUUUGUGGGUUUAAAAUAUGGAAACCGAAUAUUCCAUAUCAAUGGUCUGCAAGAUAAGCAUGUGCCAUGGAAGACAAAUAUGACUCUGUUCAAUGCAUGGAAAGAGGGGAAAACAGGGGUGCCAUUUGUAGAUGCAAACAUGAGGGAGCUUGCACUGACAGGAUUCAUGUCAAACAGAGGACGGCAAAAUGUAGCCAGCUUUCUCACCAAAGACUUGGGUUUGGACUGGCGACUGGGUGCAGAGUGGUUUGAAUACCUUUUGGUAGACCAUGACGUCUGCAGCAACUAUGGAAACUGGCUUUAUAGUGCAGGAAUAGGAAAUGACCCACGAGAAAACAGGAAGUUCAAUAUGAUCAAACAAGGCCUAGACUAUGACAGCAAUGGGGAUUAUGUCAGACUUUGGGUUCCAGAGCUUCAGGGUAUUAAAGGUGGGGAUGUGCACACCCCCUGGACCCUCAGCAACGCAUCACUUGCACAUGCCCAGGUAUCUCUCAAUCAGACGUACCCCUCCCCGAUUGUCAUAGCACCCGAGUGGAGUCGUCAUGUCAACAGUAAAGCAUCUGGUGCGCCAUCAGCAAAAGGGAAGAAGGGUCCUUCUAACACACCAAGGCAACACAGAGACAGAGGCAUUGACUUUUAUUUCUCCAAAAAUAAACAUUAGGAGGAGUCAUGUGUUUAUAGUUUUUUUCCCACAAAGGUUACAGGUUACAAUGUGGAAGUGAAAAUUUUAAAUAGUUGUGUGCUUUCCUUUACCCUUUACAUGCCAACAACUACCUCUUCUGUGUAAUGCAUUGCAAUCCAUGUAACUGUAUAUUUUUGUAUAUAUUGUUUUAAAUACAGAAUCAUGGUACAACUUUUGUAAUGUACCUGCAGAUAUCAUGGUUUAAUGGAGUACUGUAUGAGGUUUUUUUCUUUGUUGUUUAUUGGGUUAAACUUAAAAAGGUAAAGAGCUGGGGUUUCGGAAAAAACUGUUUCUUGCAUGAACCCAUGUACUGUAUGUGUUUAAAUAAUGCACACAUUUAGACCGCCAACUUCAUUUAUUGAGAAAAGGAAGUGAGUAGUGGUGACUGUUUCAGUUAAAAAAACGAGGGAAAAGCUGUAGUGGCAGCUGUAUCAGACCUACGAAUGCUGUGGAGACAGAUGUAUCUAUUAAUAUGUGUGUGGGGGUGUUAUUGGCAAUAAGAAAUAUUCAAUAUUUUGCACUAUUUGUAGGUCACAAAUAAAAUAAACGUUAAAUUCUUUGUACAAAA